AUGGAUUUAGAGCGGGACCAGAAGCUCAAGAUGGCUCGUCAAAAGCUAUCCAAGUUUCAAAAGAAAAAGGCCGAGUCUGAAACUCCUGCCAGCAACGAUGUGCCAGUGCCAGCAGAAGUGCAGCAUGCAUUCAACUACUUUGCUUCAGAUCAACCACAUCCUCCUGUCGAGUCUUCUGCUGAUGAAUCUACUACAGCUUCAAUUGCAGCUACUAUUGCAGCUACAUUCUCGUCGUUUACUAACCCACUUCGUUUACUGGCCGACCAGUCACAAAUGCAGACCAGCACGAAUCAUAGCAUGACUGCAGAUCCUCAUUCUGAAUUCAAUGAUAGAAUGCAGCCUAUUGAUAGUCUUGAGAUGGAAACUGUAAGUCUGUCCAACGAGUCUGGGAAUCAUAUUCCGCUGUCAUCAACUGGGUUCACUCAGCCUUCUUUCCAAUUCGAUUACUCGAAAUCCAAGAAACGCAGCAAGUAUGCUGCUGUUGGGAUUGCUGGAUUUGGAAUGUCGGAUACGAAACUGCCACCAACUGCUGAUCACAGUGGACAUUCGAAUGCACAUAUUAUGCCUCCUAUUGUUCCACCAGUGCCAAAUACCGCCACGCAUCCAUCAAUUCCGUCACAUCAUCAGCCAUAUCCACAACCAUAUCAAGAACAUGAACAAUACGCAACCAUCCAACCUGCUGCUUACCCUGUUCAUGAAGAUGUUACAAGCCAUUUUCAAACAGAUCCUUCUUGGACACAUUAUGAUUCAACCUCGAAAUCAUCCAUAUCUACUGCUGCUGUACAUACAUUUCCCACUGAAUAUGCACCAGUUUCUUCAUCAAAUUCUGUAGCACCUGCAGCUCAGCCAUCACCCACGGUUGGUAUAGAAACGUAUUUUAAAACAAACAUAGCAGUAGGCAAUAUAAAUGAAAUCAGCAGUAAUAGCUUUCAUUUUCAAUCAAUUCCUGGAGUGGACGCGACUGUAAUUCGUAACUCUUCUCCAUCACAUCGAUCCGACAGUCCUAUUCCAUUUUUGUUUCCUACUGAGCCUGGUGUAGAUCCCUUUGCAUCUAUUCCAGGAAAUAUUCAUGAUACACAUAUCGACGAAGCCUUUGCAGUGCAUACUAAUGCAUCCCCUGUCCAAGGGUUUUACCCACACAAUCCGCCAUUAGCUGAGAAUGAUCGUUUUGAUACUAAUCGAGGAUUUUCAGUCUCUCCAUCAAUGAAACCAGUCAACAGUAGACAUUCACCAGCCGAUUCAACUUUCAAAUCUGCAUACCCUCCUGUUGCAACCCUUCCUGUUCAGUCUUUUCCAGAGACUCAUACAGGUUUCAAUGAAAUCUCUGAACAUCAGUUUGACGCAAUUAAUGCACCAAGCAUUCAAUAUUCAGAAUCUCACUCCAUAGCUAGUGAGAGAUAUCAUCCAGGUACCGUUGAAAACCUGCAGGUCACGCUGGAUGCCGUUACAAAAGAAAACAUUGGUCUUCAUGAAUCUCAACAAGAGCUAAUUGAUAAGCACAUAGAGGCAGAGGAUAGAAUUGUUCAUUUGAAACAAACAAAUCUAGAGCUUGAAGAGCGUAUGAAACUUUCAAAUCGUAUAUCUCCAAAACACGAAAACCUAAGCGCGCUUACUCCUAUGCAUCUCCAAAGUGAUGUCAGUAAUUUAAACAAUGAUCAAGAAAAUGCAUCAACUGACGCAUAUCAAAAACAAUUUAGCCAAAUGGAGUCCGAUUUGGCACUUGAGCGACAAGACCUUGAACAGAAAUGGGCUCAACUUGAACAUGAUCGACACGAGUUUGAUUCAUGGUCGUCACAACAUUGUCAAUUGAUCAAAGAUGAUCAAGCCAAAGCAGAACUUCGUUUUCAACAGGUGCUUGAUCGUGAGAACGAGGUAUCUGGCAUGGCUGAUGAGUACCAGCGUAAAAUGAACGAGAUGGAAGAGGUGGUACGUAUGCGUACGGCUCAAGCUAUAGAGCAGGCUCGAGAGUUACAAAUGCAAUCAGAAACAAUGCUAACUGGAACGGAAAAGGGUUGCGACACUAUUGGAGCUGAUCAUAUUGCAUUAGCCAAUGCUAAAACGCCAGAUAUGUCACUUUUACCAACAUCGGAGUCGGAUCAAACAAUUGCACAGCAUUAUAAACAUGUCGAGGCUGAGCGCGAAAAAGUAGAAAUUCUUGUAGAGCAACUUGCACAAGAUCGUAAAGCACUUGAAGCUGAAAGAGAGUUGCUUCAUCAACGGGAAGAAGCAUUAGGAAACUCGACAGAGCUGCAACAAAUUCUUGAGCAAGAGUCGGCGUAUUUGCAAGAUUUGCGUAGUAGCAUCGAAGCAGAUCGAUCUAAUAUGCGUGAUUUAGAACGACGAACUCAAGAGCAGAUUGCGGAAUACAAAAACAAAUAUUCCGUUUUGGAAAGAGAAGAGGCCAUUGUAAAAGAGUUGAAAGAUCGUGCCAAUGCUGAUCUGGCUGGUGUUGAACAUGAAAGGCAGACUCUGCAAGCUGUAAUAAAGAAAAAUGCAGAAACCGAAGCUGAUUUGCGUAAGAGAGAAGAGCGCCUUGCUGAUCAGUGGAAACAGCUGGAAGCUCGUGAGCGUGAAGCACAGUAUAAUUUGCAGGUGCACCAGCAGACUAUUCAAGAGCAGUCACUUGCUAUUGAGCAAGAAAAAAAACGUUUAGCCACUUUGGAAGCAUCACUUCAUGCCACUAUUGAAAGCAAACAUGGAUCUCAAAUUACAGAAAUGCGUAACCAUAUUGAUCAGGAACGCAAGCAGCUUCAAGCUGAGCAACAUGCGUUUAGCAUGGAUCGUCAUGCUGCUCAAGAACGCGAUCAUGCUGAAAAGUCUCGAUUAGAGGCUGAUCGAUCUUUUCUUGCUGAACAGCUGUCCAAAAUGGAAUCAGAGAGAUCUGAACUGCAGGCAAAGCUAAUUGCAGCGGCUGAAAAGGAAGAGUCUAUGGCACAACUCGAGGCUAAGAUCAAGCAAGAAAAGACUGAAAAAGCUGCACAAUUUGCACAGAAAUUGGCUGAUCAUGCCAAGUCGGUUGAAGAAUUUAAAGCUAUGCAAGCCAAAACUGUUUCCACUCAACUUGCUGAACACACCACUAGCAAAGAAUCACUUUCUGCAAUUGAAAAACAAAAACGCGAGCUUGAUCAGGACCGUAUUGAUUUGGAUGACAAAAAAAAAGACUUGGAUGAAUUGAUGACUAGUAUCCAAACUCAGUCCAACCAACUUGCGCAAGAAAAGGCAGAUUUUGAAAAAGAGAAAUCCGAUUUCGAUAUUGCACGCAAGCAGGCGACGAGUGAUUUUCAUUAUGACGAACAUGCUAAUAAUAGCAAUCGUGAAACCUAUGAAUCUAUUGCUGCGCAAUUGAAGGCUGCUCUAGACAAAAAUCAGCACUUGGAGCGACUUUUGAUGGAGCAGAAUGAAUCCCUUAUUGGAAACAGAAUGAGCUCCAAUCCUCGCGAGCCUAAUACUCGUCGUCCAUCCCUUUCAGUUUCAAUUUCCUCUCAAGUUGAUGAGCGAGUCAAUUUCCUUGAAAACAAAGUUAAUUGUGUGAUGGAGGCUGAGGAGGAUAUGCGCAUGCUGCUUCAACAGAAUAUGGAAAUCAUGGAUAAACUUCGUCGUCAAAUGAACCCUAAUGAUGCUGGCAGUAUGAAUCUAUCUACUUCGAUUCCCUCAAUGGCUGAACGAUUGAGUCGCACUGAUUUGCGCUCUGCUUAUAGCGGUGUGAUGGAGCCUGUAUACGAUGCAAACGUUUUGGAACCACACAAUUCUCAAGGAAUUCUUCAAGCUGUUGCGGACUAUACCAGGCAAGUUGAUUAUACGAAUGAUACUAGAUUCUUAAACCUUGCUAACUUUUUUUAUUUCUGUGGUUCGUCCAAUAACUGA